UGGGCUGCUGAGGGGGGCAGGAUGAGCUGAGCCCCUGGAGUCGCUGUGCCUUCAUCCCCUCCAUCUCCAGGGGGGCUGCCAUGGGUGGCACCCCACAGAGCUGUCACCCCACAGAGGUGGCACCCCAUGGAGGUGACACCCCACAGAGGUGUCACCCCGCAGCCUGAUCACCCCCAGCAGGAGCCGCGUCCCCCCGGCCUUCCUACCCCGGUGGCGAGCCCACCGACCCAGUUGUUGGCUCUCAGGGGCGGCAGGGUCCCAGCAGCCCGGCUCGUGGCUCUGGGUUUCCUUCCCUGCUGGGACCCCGAGGUCUUCAGGGCGAGUUUGGACGAUGCUUUUUUGGCCGGAUUUGUUCUGGCGUUGGAUGUGGCCCCAGGUUCUUGGCCGUGCUUCUCGUCCCCAGCCGUUGAGGCCUGACCAGUAACUGCCGGGGUCCUGCUUCACACAAAUUCAGCCACGAGUGGAAAGCUGACUUCUCACGUGUGUUUUUCUGGUAGACCAAAACACCCGCGCUGCCUUUCUGGCUCGGGUUUCUGCUGGUGCUCGCUCUGGCCGGGGCAGGAUGGGAUCUGCCACGCAGCGUCGGCGUUCAGGUUCACGGUGAGCUGCUUGAGCCCCUCGAUGCGCUCCGUCUUCCCCCAAAAAGGCUGGGUGACCGCACGUUUUUGUCUGAAGUCCCUCUUCUCCGUCAGCCACGAUGCUUCAGCCCGCGUGCCCGGAGGAAGGCUCUGCCGCCCGAGUCCUCGCUUCCAGCUAGACCGACGCGAGCCCAGCAGCUGCCAUGGAAGCAGCGUGCGCCGAGGAGCCAGCCGGGAGCAGGUCCCAGUCCGCUGCGUGCCGGCAGCGCAAGGGCAGCGAGCAGCAGCCCGAGGAGAACGGCGAGCGGCUGUCCCAGCGCAGCGACGCCUCGGUGGCGGCCGUGGAGCAGCAGCAGCAGCCCCAGGCCCCCCCCGGCAAGCUGAAGAAAACUGCUUUCAAGCUGUUCGGAGGGAAGAGGAGCAUCUGCACGCUGCCCAGCUUCUUCAGCGGCAGGAACAAAGGCCAGGGGAAAGGAGCCUCGAAAAAGGGGCUCAGUAAAAGUAAGACCCACGAUGGGAUCAGCGGCGCUGUGUACGACGAGGGCAGCAGGGUGCAGCUGGAAAGCCCUUCGGAUGGAAGCAAGGACUCGCAUCCUUGCCCGCUGCCGAGCUCCCAAAGCGUCCACGUGGCCAUAGACACCAGCGUCAGGUUUGAUUUUGGCAGGCAGGACGGCUCUCCGCCAGGGAGCAGCGAGGGCUGUGAGAAGAAGCCCUCUGGAGACAAGUCAACCUUCCCCAGACCGAAAAAAGGCCUGAAGGGGCUGCUGAACAGCAUCCGGCGUCACCGCAAGAGCAAGGUGGCUGAGUGUGAGAAAGCAGAGCUCCCCGAGUGGGCUGGGGGCUCCGAGGAGGCCAACAAAGCUCGAGGCACGGGGACGGAAACCCAAGGAGCCACAGAGGAAAGGGGACCUGGGUCUGCGCCUCUCGCUGCCGCCUGCCCGGGGAGCUCGGAGGAUAACUGCUCGGUCGGCACCACCACCAACUCCGGGGAGGCUGCUGAGCCAGAGUGGCUGGGGGCUGAGCAGGGCAGCCCCGAGGGUGAUGGGGUGGCGAUGCCGGGGGACCGGGACGCCCUGGAUGCAAAAUCGGAGGCGGCCGCCGCCGUCUGUGCGGAGUCUGAGUACGGCCACCUCCCCGUGGCCCUGCACCCCGACUUGGCAGACAACGACCCUCCCUCGCUGCACUCCGGGGACCAGCUGAGCCUCAUCUUCGGAGAUGUCACCUCCCUGAAGAGCUUCGAUUCCCUCACGGGCUGCGGGGACAUCAUCGCCGAGCCCGACAUCCUCAGCAUCGCCGAGAGCACCAUCUCCGUGGAGCGCAGCAGAGACGCUGCGAAACGCAGCUCCUGCCUCGUCACCUACCAGGGCGGCGGGGAGGAGAUGGCCAUGCCGGAGGAGGCAGAGGAAUACCUCCAGCAGAUGUGGGACAGCGCCACCGAGGGGGAUGGGGGCUACGAAGCCCAGCUGCCGCCCGCCGGGAGCGGCCACGACGCGCAGGCGGCGAGCGGCGAGCUGGAGGCGCGUGGUUUGCAGGAGGCAGAAGCCCUCGUCGAGCUCCUGACGCCGCAGAGCGACCAGCAGGAGUCUGCACCCAACAGCGACGAGGGGUACUACGACUCCACCACGCCGGGGCCGGAGGAUGAAGGCGGGGAUGGGCUUUGCGAGAUGAAGAAGGAGCGCCUGCCCAGGGACAGCUACAGCGGCGACGCGCUCUACGAGUUCUACGAGCCGGAUGAUGCGCUGCUGAGUCCCUCGCACGGGGAGGAGCCCCUGUUUGAGAGCAAAGUGUCUCGCCCGGAGAUCUUCAGCUACUUCUUGGACUUCUGUCUCCCUGCUGAGAAGGGCUUGCUCCAGAUGAUGGAUCGGAAGAUGGGCGUUAUGGAAACGGAGGAGGAGCGGCUGGCUGCCAUCCAGAAGGAGCUGCUCUACUGGGAGCUGCAGAGGGAACCGGUCCUGAAGCGGCUCGAUGCUCCCCGGGAAAAGCAGUACCUUGAAUGUAAAACCAGAGCAGCCAGCUCGAUUGGCAAAAAUCAGAGUGGCCUUGGUAGUGAGCAGAUUGCCUCUCAAGCUCCAAACAGGAGCGUGAGUAGCGGGGUUUCGGGGGCGAGAGGCGAAAACCCGGAGUGGAGGGACUUUCCAGGGCCUUUGUGUCCAGAGAACUGUUACAACAGCCAAAAAGCCCAAGGAAGUUGCCUUAUUCAGCUCAUGAAGAACAACCCAGGGUUCGAUUCCGACCCGGACCGGGCGUUGUUCGGGGGGUCCGUCCACGUGGCCCCAUCCAAAACGGGGCCGUUCCCUGGCUACAGGCCUCAGGAGUGCGAGAGCUGCUCGCAGAGCGACCGCCGCGACGGGGCCGAGGCCGCCCCCGGGGAGCCCCAGGCCGACGGCGAGCGUGAGCCCGAGCACGCCGUGAGCUUCUCGCAAGCACUCGUGGAGUUCACCAGCAGCGGGACCCUCUUCUCCAGCCUCUCGGAGAGCCUGGGCAGCUCCGACUCCGGCUCCUCCUUCACGCAGAACCUCCCCGUCCUCCCCACCAUGGUCACCUUCGACAUCGUGGACGUGGAGCAGGAAGGGGAAGGCGAGUGCGAGCAGCACCUGGAGAUGAACGCCGACGAGGACAUCGCCGCGUCCUUCGAGGCCUUUGACGACAGCUACGUGCAGAAAGAGUCGUUCGCUGAAUGUGACGAGAGAAUGUUCCCCGGGUACCCCCAGGGCUCCUUCCAGAGCUGCAACUGGGGUGUCGCCAGCCUCCCCCGCCACCUGCGCCUGCACGGGCUCAGCCCGGCCAUGCCAGCGCCGCUCUCCAUCAACAGGAGGAGCAGGUCCCUGGACACGGAGAGCCUCGAGUUCGAGCUCGCCGACCUGCAGGUGUCCAAGAACGGCCUUAAGCCUUGCCAGCUCUGGUCUAAACGGGACAAAAAGGACUCGGACGGUGCGAGAAGGAGCAAAGAGGACGCCGAGCUGGCUGCUCCUGCAGGUGGGGAGGCCGACGGUGUGCUGGGCUGGCCGGGCUUGCAGCACCUGCAGUACGACGCCGAGCUGGCUGCCGGGGGGGCGAAACGCUGGGGCUUUGCUCCGGCUGCUGGGCUGGAGAGCGGCUGGGAGCCGUCCGAGCAGCCCCACGCCGACUCCCCCUUUCUGUCCCUUUCCCGCGGCAGCGCCAGGGAGGCUCUGGAGAGGCGGCCCCAGGAGCCGGAGCCGGACAGGCAGCUGGUCAGGCCGUCCAAUUUACCUCUGCAGGCCGACACGAGGCAGCCCCCGGAGGCGCCCGGUGCCUACAGGUACCACCACGCAGAAGUGGCGGCCAAAAAGCUCGCCCGAGUCUUACCCCUGGGCGAGCCGGAGCCGCCGCCGCCGAGCUUCGGCUUCGCUCAGUCCCCGGAGAAACCAGCCAAGUGCAAACCCGUCGGCGUGGCCCAGGGGGUGCCCCAAUUUCACGACGACAGCACCGAAACCUUAAAAAACCCCUCCUGCUUCGCGGAGCGCUGCGGGAGCGCCGGCCAAGAGCUGCUGAAAGGGAGAGCCACGCAGGGCAGCGCGCUGCCCGCCGGCUGCCCGAACCCUUCGCUGAAUCGCGAGCCACCGCUCCCGAAUACAAUACACAAUGCAAAACGCGGCCCCAGUGCCCGGCCCCAGUGCUGCUAGAAUAAAUUCUGGAAACGGACCCUUUUCCAGCACGGCAAGGUUUGUUCUCGGCAGGUUCAGCUCGAGGGGCACCGCCACCUCCGAAGGAAGGAUUGGAGGAUUUGAUGUUUGGGAGGAGCAGGGAGCGUUGCUGCCCUGCGCCCUCGCUUCGGGCGUUAGUUGGUUGUGUGGGGUCACGUCUCCCUGCUGGGGGGGGGUUUGGGGCCAGGCAGCUUUCGGGCACCUUCCUGAAGCCCCUGCUUCAGGACAGAGCCAGGGGAGCAAGUCUCGGGGAAGCUUUCAGAAGAAACUGGUUUUUUUCUUCCUCUUCUCAGUGAAACGUUUUGUUUCGGACAGACUUUUAAUGUCUUCCACCUUGAUCGUGAUUUGGGGACCCCAGAGGAAGGAUGCAGGUUAUUUUGAGAGCAAGGGAAGGAGGCGAUUCAGGGGAACGUUGCCGUAACAGUUUUUUUUUUCCUGCCCAAAAGGAAAGCAGGGGCUUUUGUGUGCGUGCUGAUAACAUUUUUCAGCUCUAGCUUUAAUUUGCUCAAAAAUACAGCACCCGGAGAGGUGUCCUCUUGAUGGAUUCCCUUUCCAGAACAAAACUUCAGCCCCGUUUUAUCUGUCGUGGUCUGUCUUUGUGGUGCGUAAUUUCCAAGUGAAGCAUUUCCCGUGCUUUGUCCCACAUUCCCAGCCUCUCCCAGGCCACGGGCACAUGUAGGAAUUCUUUGAAAUAAGCUCAAUUUGCAUUGUGCCUGUAGCUGCGAAGCUGCCGGUGCUGUUACUUUCUCCAGAAGGAAGUUCUGUGGGUUUUUCACUUUGUGUUUUUUGUUUUCUUUGCAGAAACUCACGCGGGGACAGUAUUCUGUUAAUUGGAAUACAGGAUUUAACACAGCCUAAAUUAGGCUUCGCGACUUCUUCCUCCUGACUGGAGGGAACAAAAAAGCUUGGAGGGUGCUGCAGGUUUUUGUUUGGUUUGGUUUUCCUCUUUCAACAAGCGUGGGGAAGGGACGUGAGCGAGGGAGGCAGGCUCUGUGCUGAGGCUGUGAGCUCCUGGGAACACUUUGAGGCUGCUGGAGCAGAGCUCCUGUCUCUCCUCAAGGACUCUCAGGUGUCCUGGGUGAUCUUAAACACUGUUUUCUGUGGCCCAAACCUCGCCUUCUGUGACUUACGAAGCCUCUUCCUGCUUCUGUCCAACUUCUGAAUCUUAAUUCAGUUUCAGAUCGCUUUUUUUUUUUUUCCUUCCCCGCCUUGCCCCUUUCCUGCUUCUUUCCACAGCAGAGCUUUUAGCAUUAAAAAAAAAUGAUCCCCAACUGGCAAUACCCCAGCGUUCCCCUCCUCCAGGUCCUGCUGUUCGUGCCCCCGCCCCACUGACCGACCUGCUUGGAGCACGAGCAGCCCCCCGCUGGCCCCGAGGCACCGCCAGCUGCUUUGUGCUGCGUGCCCAAGCAAAGCCAAGUCCUGUUGCUCCUUCUUGGGAAGAGGCUUCUUACCCCUGUCCCUGUGCAUCCACGAAGGAGCAGGGAACGGCAAAUUCUUCAAAAUUCAAAGUCAGGCUUUGAUUUUUGGCAGUUCCAUUUCUGUAUGAUUUUUUUUCUUGUUUUCCCCAGCCUCCUGAGGCUAGAGCAGAGCUAUCUGUGCAUCUGUGGGACUAAACCUUCACUUUUCAGUAUUUCUGUACCCCCACCUCCUCGGGGAGGUGCUGUGGGAACGCGCUGUGCCACGUUUUCCUGCCCUCUGCGCACUCCUCUGUUAUCAAAAGGGAUUUCGUGGGACAGAGCAGCCCAAAUUGACACCGCUGUGGGACGGGUGGCAGGCAGGCAGUGCCAGCAACACCAGAGAUGCCACGGCACAAACCGGUGCUCACGGUAAUGGCUCGGCUUCCGCAGCAGCCCCUUCCUGGAUUUUUAGUGCUUAUUUUCUUUCACCAAAGGCAUCUUGCAGGUUGGGGGGGGGUUGUGUAGUGUUCUCAUAAAUGACGCAGCCUUUGCCAAAGUUCUGGUGAAGUAUGAAAGUGUCUCAGUGCUAAAAUGAAUGUACAGUUGCAAAUGCAUGUCUCUUUGGUAAUAAUUAUUUUGGUUGUAGGUACGUAGUGGAAAGACUUCCUGACAACAGGUCCUAGACUAACGUGUGAAAGCAAUACAGGCAAGACUUGAUAAUCUGACUUCAUACCAAAGGUUCCUCCUCUUGAUUUGAUUGGAACUAAAUGAAGCAGACACCUGCUGAUUUCAAGGGAGAUUUUAGAAAGCGUUUUAAACCCAUUUUCCUGGAUUAUUGGAGCAUUCUGCCCCAUUAACCAAAAGAAGUAAGAAUUCUCGUUCUGCUAACCCGGGCUGUAGAUUUGCACUGCCGUGGAGUGGGUUUCGUUACCCAACGCCCUCCUGCUCUUACAACACCUAUGUGCUCUGGGAGAAACAGGACCCGAUCUUCCCCACGAUACUUUCCGACUCAGAAAUUAUAAAAGAACUACGCCUUGAGUGCCAAAUGCAAGCUCCUGGGCCUUGAUCUCGUCCUGGUAGGGAUUUAGGAGAGAUUUCUCGCAGUUGCAGUGUCCAAACUAACGCUUAAAUCCCUGGAGGGGGGGAAAUACUCGCACCCCCCUUUCAGAAGCAACAGGUCUGGCAAUGAAGCUUUUAAGGGUGAUCCUCCAUCCUUUCUCUGAUUUAAUUGAUGUUAAUUGAUAGUUUGGCUUUGCUGAAGCCACACAGGGAGUGUUUGGUGGCACAGGGAGCGGGCACUGCCAAUUUGGGGUGGGAUCGACCUCUGGCUGCUUUCCUGUAGGGCGGAGGGGCUGGCAGCCUGCAAUGCCCUCGAAGCUUGCUCGGUCACCACUGCCAACCUCGUACCGAGCAGCAUUUCCAAGCAAUUCCCCACCUGGAGCCCAUCUGGGCUAGAAGCAGCCCCGUUUCUCACCCAGGGCUGCAGCAGUUGUGCUCGUCUCUGGAUGGAGCCGAUGCCUUUUAACCUGGUGUAACAGAGACUUACCUGAGGAGCCCAAGUUUGAGAGUAGUAAUUGAGGCUUUUUGUGAAAAAGGAGUCUACUGAGCCAAAAAAUAAGUCGUAGGAGUGAGGAUAGCAGGUUGUCUUGCCGGGAUGUUGAGGAAAAUCUCCCCCAAACCUCAAGGAACCGAGUACAUCCCUUGCAGGGAAAGCCUUGGCUCGGAGCGGUGGAUUAUCGCUGUUACCUUGCAGAGCAAACCACUGCCCUUCAGGUCAGCCUACCAAGUAACUGUAUUGCAUUUUGGGGACUUUGUUCUUCUGUUCGUUUGUUUGUUUUUUUUAUAUACACACAAGAAAACGGUCGAUUUUAUCUAUUUUUGUAUAGUUUUGCAUUUUAUAUUCAUGGGGAGAUUUUAUGGACUGUUCUUUUACUUACGUACGUUGUGUUUUAAAAUGGUGUGGUUUACAGUUCCGAUGGAGAAAAAAAGCAAUUUAUUGCUGUCACUGCUGCUGCCGCUGCCUGUGCAAUGCAAGAAAACCACCUCGCUUCUCACACCCUUGUGUACCACGCUGCUCAACGUGAUACGAGGGCCUGGCUCUGCAAACCAGCAGCCGGGCCCUUGCCAAUACUUACUCUCUCUUUGUGGACGCCGCUAAGAUGUCUUUGUUUUAAUACUGGUUUGUCACACUUGUCAACCUGUUUUUUAGCUUUGUUUUUAAUCUGAAUUUGUGGACCGUGGUGAUUUCUCCCUGAAAGUGUUGUCGGCUGUCUUUUAAGCUAAAAAAAGCGUGGAUUUCAGCUGGGGCUUUCCCUUCUGUGUGCGUAAUUACUCUGUCCAAAACCGGGGCUGUUCUUAAAUCCCCGUACAACCUCGUGGGGCAGGAGAUGCUGGCAGCUGGUUUGCGGUGAUGAUCUUGAAACCGGUGGCAAAGUUCCUCUCUGGAGGAGAGGAGGGUGCCCAGGCCGUGUCUGUCUGAGAAUCAUUCUGAAAAUAACCCUGCGGUCUGAGCGUCCCUCCCCGCCUGGCUUCUUCCCGGAGCAACGCUGCCUCGAAUUUUGGGAUCUUAAUUGAAACGAGAGCUGCUGGUAAGCUAAGACCUAGCACCACUAGUUAACGUGGUUCUUUUCUUCCCCCCCCUUUUUUUUUUUUUUAGUUGAAUGAAUAUGCUGCUUUGUUUGCUUGACUCUACGUCUGUGCCCCUGCAGAGAGUUUGCAACCCUGUGUGGGGUGUGAGGGCUGACAGAACUUCUCUGCAGAAGGUCACGUUGAUUAAUUGAGCAGAAGAGAACAAUGCCAAACAGUGACAGGCAAAAAGAAAAUUAAAUGCUGAAAAGCUAAAAAAAAAAAAAAAAAAUUACUGUGACUGAGAGCAGAUUUGUCCCUUCUUCCCCUGACAGCCAGCGCUGGCAGAGGUGCCGGUUCCAUCCCAGGCGUUUAGCUCUGCACAGGUUUUUGUAUUUUUAUUAAAUAGCUCCUAACAAAAAGGAGUGCUGCUAUUUUUUUUUUCUUUUUUCUUUUUUUUUUCUUAAAUGGCUUUGCCCCAUUCCCAGACAGGGCCGGGCAGGCAGGUGGCUUGGCAAACACUCCGGGGGCGUGCUGACCCUCGCUGCUUUCACAUUCCCUCUGCCCCUCGCUGUGCGGGCCCCGUCUCGAGUGCAGCUCAGACCUGGUACCGGCUCUUCGCUCCGUGCCUGUAUGAUCCCAGAAAAUGGACAAGGAAAAAGGCCUUCAGCCCGGCCAGCCCCCCUCCUGCCCCUCCGGCACCCCGCUGCGCGCUCCCCACUGCUGGGAGCAGCGCCCGUCCUGCCACUGCCUCUGCGGGUGCCUUGCUCGUGGUGCAGGGAACACGCAGAAACCUAGAGAAGCCCGGCAGUGCUCACCAACAGCGCUUUGCCCACGUCCAUCCCUCGCUGGCCCCCUCCGUGGCUGCCUGCAAGGGAGCCCUGCUGCUGGCACCGCUGGCCCCAGUGCUGCUGGCAGCCCGGCGGAGGCAGUGGGUUCCCCUCUGGCCCCGGGGAGGGGACUGACUGGGGGGGGGGCUUUGUCCCGGUCUGGUCUCAUUGCUACUAGUUCCUUCAACUUUUUAAUGUAUUGACUGUGUUUUAAACUGAAUGUUCCUUUCACUGAAUUCUAAUGAAUAAACUUCGGAUUUUUAGAGAA